UUCGUUUCAAUGCUGAAACUUCCAGUAUGUGAGUCUGUGUUUUGCAAUUUAUUUCAAAUAUUCAUUCACCUCAGACCUCGAAGGAAGCGUCCAGUGUUAAGCUGGCUCACUGGAGGGCGCUAACACAAAGCUGCAGGUAACAGGCAACAACUUGGGAAAGGAGGAGGCCAUUCAAUAGCCUGUUUUAGCCACUGUUAGCUAGCCCGGCGGCUAACGAGCAAGCUAAAAUAUCAAUUGUGGCUUAAUGACGCCUGUCCUGAAUAGUGAUGGCAAAAGAAAAGUGUUCACAAAUCGAAGCAGAACUGUAUUACCUCAUUGCCAGAUUUCUACAGUCUGGGCCUUGCAAAAAGGCAGCACAGAUUCUGAUCGAGGAGCUGGAGGAGUAUGAGUUGGUUCCGCAACGAUGGAGUUGGGACGGGAAGAUAUUCAAACGGAGCUUCCAAGACUGGGUGGCUUUGAACCAGCACAUUCCUGCAGACUAUCUGCUUCAGGUGUGUCGACGGAUAGGUCCUCUGAUAGAGAAGGAGAUCCCACCUAGUGUUCCUGGAGUCCAAACACUCCUGGGGUUGGGAAAGCAGUCCUUGCUUCGCACCACCAAAAGUUGUACCCACAAAGUAUGCUGCGGCUCAGCUGUGGCUGCACUGCACAGAGGGCGCCCACCUGAACCACCAGUUGUUAUUGGGAAUGCUCCUAAUGUUGUGCCCGUCAUGGGGGCUCGCCAGGCCACGGGUACGGCUCGUUUCGGCCAAGUCCUGCCGUCUUCCUCCUACCAACACAUGAAGAUCCACAAGCGGAUCCUCGGCCACCUUUCUUCAGUUUACUGCGUGGCCUUUGACCGCACCGGUCGGCGGAUUUUUACGGGUUCGGAUGACUGCCUGGUAAAAAUCUGGGCCACAGACGACGGUCGGCUCCUGUCCACGCUCCGCGGCCACUCGGCGGAGAUCUGUGACAUGGCUGUGAACUAUGAAAAUAGUCUCAUUGCAUCUGCAAGCUGUGACAAAGUCAUCAGAGUGUGGUGCCUGCGUACCUGCGCGCCCGUUGCCGUUCUUCAGGCUCAUGCCGCUUCCAUCACAUCCAUACAGUUUUGUCCUGCUGCCAAAGGGACGAAGCGAUACCUCGCAUCAACGGGUGCAGAUGGUAUGGUGUGUUUCUGGAAGUGGCACUCUCACAGUAUGAAGUUUGAUGAUCAGCCUGUUAAGUUUGUUGAGCGAUCACGACCAGGAGUCCAGGUCUCCACUUCCUCUUUCAGUAGCGGCGGCAUGUUUAUGGCUACUGGUGGCACAGAUCACAUGAUCAGAGUCUACUACCUCGGUGCAGAAACUCCGGUGAAGGCGUCUGAGCUGGAUGCUCACACCGAUAAAGUUGUGGUUGUCCAGUUCAGCAAUAACGGUGACAGCCUCAGGUUUGUGAGUGGCAGUCGUGACGGCACAGCGAAGAUCUGGCAUUUUCAGCAGCAAGAGUGGAAAAGCAUUACUUUAGACAUGACUGCGAGGCUUCCUGCGACUGCUGCCGCUAAUGGGGACGAUAAAACCAAGCUGGUGGUGACCAUGGUGGCCUGGGAUCGCAUCGACAGCACCGUCAUCACAGCAGUUUCCAACUAUAUGCUCAAAGUGUGGCGCGCCACCUCUGGCCAGCUUCUGCAUGUUUUGUCCGGACAUGAUGAUGAAGUGUACGUACUGGAAGCCCACCCCUUCGACCCCCGCAUUAUGCUGUCUGCAGGCCAUGACGGCAACAUUUACAUCUGGGACCUGAGCAAAGGAGUCAAGAUAAGAAAUUUCUUCAACAUGAUUGAGGGCCAGGGCCACGGAGCCAUUUUUGACUGCAAGUUCUCAGCUGACGGACAACAUUUUUCCUGCACAGACUCACACGGGCAUUUACUCAUUUUUGGCUUUGGCUGCAGCAGGCCUUACGAAAAGAUUCCAGACCAGAUGUUCUUCCACACGGACUACCGGCCUCUCAUUCGGGAUUCCAAUAACUACGUCCUGGACGAGCAGACACAGCAGGCCCCCCACCUCAUGCCGCCCCCCUUCCUCGUAGAUGUGGAUGGAAAUCCUCAUCCUCCUAAAUACCAGCGGCUCGUCCCAGGAAGGGAGAACUGCAAAGAGGAGCAGCUGAUACCUCAGCUCGGAUACAUGGCUAAUGGUGACGGAGAGUUGGUCGAGCAGGUGCUCGGGCAGCAGACGGCAGAAAACGGCGAAAGCCUUUUGGACAACCUCAUCAGACAGCUGCAGAACGAGCAGGACGAACGGCAGAACGCAGAACAACAGGCCGACGGAGAAAUGGCCGUCGAGGCGGAAGUGGUGGCCUCUUCUCCUGGGGCGGAGCCUCGCCGAAGCGGCCAGGUGGACGGAGUGUGGCAGAUGCAGCACAACUCCCUCCGCAGUCAGGUUGCCACAGAGAGGGACCUGCUGGCGUGGAGCCGCAGAGUGGUGGUCAACGAGGUGCCUCAUGGGACAUUCAGAGUCCUGGAGGAAUGCAGACAAGCCAAAAGUGACAUGGAGUGUUCUCUGUACAACGCAGAGAGGAGAAAGAAACCGGUAACCUGCAUCCUCAAGAGCGAUUCCCUCAGUUCCCGCCUGCGUUCCCUGCGCCCGGCCAAGAAAAAGCAGCAGCGCCACUCCUACCAAACCCGGUCCGCUCAGGUUCGCCGGCCCGGAACCAGAAGUCGAAAUCCCAGCAACAGGCGUAACUCGGAAAGCCAGAUGGACUCGGACAGCGGAGACGAAGCGGAGCAGGCAGCGCGUUCUGACGGUUCCUCUGAGGAUGAAGCCCGGUGGCAGAGCGAAAGCAGCUCCAGCGACUCUUCCAGUGAAUAUUCCGAUUGGACGGCUGACGCCGGGAUCAACCUUCAGCCGCCAAAGAGGCCGACCAGGAGGCCCGUCCGGCCCGCGGGCUACAGCAGCUCCGAGGAGGAGGAGGGCGGCGACGAGACCAAGGAGGCAAAGAAGAGAGAGAAUGAGAAGAAGAAGAAACCCAAAGAAACCAAACAGAAACCCACUUCUUCUCUGGCCGGGCUUAACGCAGAGGAGUGGCUGCCGCCGUCAUGGAUAAUGGACACCAUCCCUCGCCGCUCUCCUUUUGUCCCACAAAUGGGAGAUGAACUCAUCUACUUCAAGCAGGGCCAUCAGGCGUACGUGCGGGCCGUCCGCAGAGCCAAGGCCUACAGCGUCAACAUCCAGAAGCAGCCGUGGAACCGGCUCAACCUCAGGGACCAGGAAUCUGUGAAAGUGGUUGGAAUCAAGUACGAAGUGGGACCGCCCACCCUCUGCUGCCUAAAGCUGGCGUUUUUGGACCCAGUCUCAGGGAAGAUGACCAACGAGUCGUUCUCCUUAAAGUAUCACGAUAUGCCAGACGUCAUCGACUUUCUGGUACUGCAGCAGUUCUACAACGAGGCUAAAGAGCGCAACUGGCAGCCAGGGAUGAGGUUUCGUAGCAUCAUUGACGACGCCUGGUGGUUCGGAUCUGUGGAGGACCAGGAGCCGCUGCAGCUGGAGUAUCCCGACAGCCUGUUUCAGUGCUACGCCGUGAAGUGGGAUAAUGGUGAGCGGGAAAAAAUGAGUCCCUGGGACAUGGAGCCUAUUCCAGAAGAAGCUGCUUUGCCAGAAGAAGUGGGGGACGGCGUAGAGGUUUUGGAAGAGGAGCUCCAAGCUCUGCUCUACCGACCCCAGGAAGGAGAGUGGGGGGCUCACACUCGAGACGAAGACUGCGAGCGGGUCAUCGACGGCAUCGAUCAGCUUCUCGGGCUUGAUGUAGCGAAGGCUUUUGCCUCGCCUGUGAACCUCCAGGAGUACCCCCUUUACUGCACCGCCGUGGCUUACCCCACUGACCUCAGCACCAUCCGGAGACGGCUGGAGAAUCGCUUCUACAGACGGAUCUCUGCGUUGAUGUGGGAAGUGCGAUAUAUUGAGCACAACGCUCGCACUUUCAAUGAACCCCAAAGCCCGAUUGUAGCAGCUGCCAAGGUGGUUACUGAUGUUCUUCUGCACUACAUUGGAGACCAGAGCUGCGCUGACAUCUUGGAUCUGUAUCACAGGAUGAGGUCCGAGGUCAGCAGUGGAGGAGAAGCUGAGAUCGACAUCGAUGUGGACUCUGACACUCCAGGGACAUCGGCAGGACACCGGGGGAAUCAGCCAAACUCUAAGAAGCGCGGCGUGGAUUUCGACGUGAAAGCCUGGCGAGGUCAUUGCCGAGAGCUGCUGCGCCGGAUGUUGGCCUCCCCCGACUCGGGGCCGUUCAGGCGGCCUGUUGAUCUCUUUGAAUAUCCGGACUACCGAGACAUCAUUGACACGCCCAUGGAUCUGGGCACAGUGUCGGAGACGCUGGUGGCUGGAAACUACGAAAAUCCCAUGGAGUUUGCCAAAGAUGUGCGCCUGAUUUUCAGCAACUCUAAAGCUUACACACCUAACAAGAAAUCACAGAUCUACGCGAUGACUCUCAACUUGUCUGCCUUUUUUGAAAAACACAUCAUCUCCAUCAUCUCUGACCACAAGUCUGCCAUUCAGAACGAACGGCGCACUCGUCAGAGACUCAGCUAUAGAAGCAGGUUGCACAACGGAGGAAACUCCCCACGAAACAGUCCAUCCCCGAGCCCUAAAGGGAAGCACAAAUCAGGUAAAGUGUCAAAGCUCAAAAGAUCCUCAGCCUCUACGAAGAGGAGUUCUCAGCGAACACGUCAAGUUCAGCACAGCAGCAGUGUAGCAGAGGAAGAGGAGUCCUCGCCUUCUUCCCCAAGUUCAGAAGAAAGCUCAGAGAGAGUAAAUCAAGGGCCUCAACGACUGACCCGCAGCCAAGCAACUCCCAUGAAGAAAUCAGGGUACCGCCGCAAGCUGCAUCUGAGUAACGGCUCCAGACAGCAGCCGCAGCGCGGUCAGCAACCGCUGGAGUCUGACGACGAUGACGAGGAGCAGGGCUCUGGCUCCAACAGCUCCUCCUCGGAGUCGUCCUCCACUUCCUCGUCCUCCUCAUCCUCCUCUUCGUCCGACAGCGAGAGCAGCUCAGACUCCGAGGUGGAGAAGUACGCGGAGGGCGGGGGUGAUCACGACUACAGCAAAGCCCCGUGUCUGUCGGUGCGCCUCUCGGCGAAGGGAAAGCUGGCGGCCUCAGGGAAACGGAAACUGAUGGGAGGGCAGGAUGUGGCGCAGAGGACUAAACGAGCUCGGGUGCAGCUUCCUGUGAAGGAGGAGGAGGAGGAUGAAGAAGACGAGGAGGAGGAGGAAGAAAAAGAAGAAGAAGAGGAGGAGGAGGAGGAAGGGGAAGAGGAGAAUCAGCCACACCAACAGGAGAAUGUAAGACAUGUUGAGGAAGAAGAAGAAGAAGAGGAUGAAGAGGAGCCUGAGGAGGAGGAGGAAGAAGAGGAAGGUGAAGUCUCUGAGGUACAGAGAGUAGCAUCAUCAUCAUCAUCAGCAGCAGCUAGGGGUUCUAGAGGCGGCCUGGGUAAACCCGGGCGUGUCAGCACACGGAACCAGGGCCGCAGGACGGUGGUCUACAGGGACGAGUCGGACGACGACGGCCAGGGGUCAAAGGACGACCCGCUCAACCUGGGCAUGUCCCGCUCAGGACGGGUGCGGCGCAUGACCGAGAAGGCCCGGGUCAGCCACCUCAUGGGCUGGGGUCACUGACCCCCUCGCACCUCCUCAGACCUCAGUCAACACAAACUCUUCACAACGCCAGGAAAACAUCAGGGAUUUUUUUUUUCCUUUUUUUUUUUUUGUACAGGUGUGUGUGUGUAUAUAAUAUAAGAAUAUCUAUGGUUCUGUUUAUCUGGACUCGCUGGUGCUCAUUUACUGUUGCCACGGAUUUUUGCUCCCUGGAUAACAGAGAUAGUGUUCAACACAGACCCUCCCACAGCUGGACUAACUCACCUUCAGCCUUACUGCUGCUGCUCCUCCUCCUCGUCACGUUCGGAGCUAAAACACUAGGCGAUCUCUUCGUCGCCCCUCACACCUCUUCACCUACUGUUCACCAAAGAACAACGUGAAGAUGCCAAAUACACGGUGCUCGUACUGUUUGACUUGUCGUGUUUGGCGGAGAGCGAUCCGGCAGCAGUCGCUCGUUCAGGCGCCACCGACACGAGGCGCCAACGCGGUCCAGGGUUCCUACACAGCCUGGAAAAGUCUGGAGUGUUUUUGAAGUAUUCUCCAGGUAUUGGAAUGGGAUGAAAAAAGAAAACGGAAGGAAAGAAUCUUUAUUAAAAGGUGCUUUAAAGUUG